AAGCCCUUCAUAAUUCUACAUUUUUUCAUUGGUGUAUUACGAGAAUUAGGUUAUCCGUUAUCUUUUUUAUUUAACUAUGAACUAAGUCAUAGUGAUAUAGCGGGUUUUCCUAUAAAAUUUCGUUGUUUGGCGAAUCAGCGACAAUUAAUGAUUACUAUUAUCGCAAUAUCCGUUAUUAAUAUUUAACGUUAUUGUUGGCUGUUGCAGGCAUCAGACACUCAGUGUUUAGUGUUCUUGGUUCUUACUUAUUUACGGUUUCCACGUUUUUGUGGCCAACUCCUAAUAAGUAACAACUCAAUAUUUAUUGUUCAAGUAAUAAUUCUUCAUUUUUUUUCAACGGAUCUUCCCUUGAUAGGUUAAAAUGCCUUCUGAAGUUGUACAGAAAGAAGCUGAGAUUGGUGUUGAAGAAAAAGAUAUUGCUGAAAAAAUUGAUACAAAAACAGGACCAAAAGAAAAUGGUUUGCAAGAAUCUAAAACUGAUGAAAUUCAAACAGUUGAUAAUUCAGAAGAAUCUAAAAUUAAUGAAGAAGAAUUAUCAGAAAGUGAAAACAAAGAGAACGAGGAACCUACUAUUGAAGAUAUCGAAUUACAGAAAAAGCGUGCUGAACAACUUUUAACUGAUGGUAAACGUCAUUUAAUAAUUAAAGAUUUUCAAGAAGCUGUUGAUGUUUUAAGUGAAGCAUGCAGUCUAUUUGGAACCAUAUAUAGUGAAUUGGAUGAAAAAUGUGCAGAAGCUUAUUUCAAUUAUGGAUGUGCCCUUCUCGAACUUAGUAAAAAUCAAAUAAGUCCUGUUGGAUUAGAAGAAAAAGAUGAGGAAGAAAAUGACGGUGAAACUUCAACUGAAGAAAUGGAUUCAAAGAAUGAGGAUAAUGAAGCUUCUAUAUCUAAUGUUACUAAUAAACUAGGAAAAGAAGAAACUAAUGACAGUGUUGAUGACAAAUCAACUGAAAAAGAAGACAAUUUACCAGAGGAAACAUCAAUUGAUGCAAAAGAAAAUGAAGAUGGAGAACAAUCCACUGAAAAAGAAAAUAUUUCUGUUGAUGAAGGAGAAAAACCAGAUGAAGAAGAUGUUAAUGAUUUACAAAUUGCUUGGGAAAUGCUCGACUUGGCAAAAGUGAUUUAUAAAAAUCAAGAUACUGAGGAAUCAAAACUCAAGCUUGCUGAAGUAUUAAUGAAAUGUGGAGAAGUAAGCAUUGAAGAUGAAAAAUUUGAAACAGCUAUUCAAGACAUGACAGAAUCUUUGGAAAUCCGAAGGUUAUUAUUACCAGAGGAUAGUCGUAUCAUUGCUGAGACUUUAUUUCAAUUGGGUAUAGCACAGGAGUUAGGUGGAAGUGGUGAGCAAGCAAUUGAACUGUUAACUGAAGCCGUAACUGUUUUAAAUCACAAAAUUAAAACCUUGGAAAAUAUGAACAAUGGCAGUGACAUAAUCAAGGCAGAAAUUGAAGAUGUUAAAUCUAUUAUUCCCGAAAUACAAGAAAAAAUUGUAGAUAUUAAAGAACGUAAAAAGACUGCGGUGAGUGCAUUAUUAGCUGCUGUAGGUGCUUCUAACUUAGCUACAUCAAAUGGUGAAGCAUCAUCAUCAAUCAAACAGGCAUCCAACAUCAAUCAUUUGGUACGUAAAAGACCUAAACAAGAAGAAACAUCAGAUAUAGUUCCAAAUAAGGUUCCUAAACUUGAAGAGUCCUCAAAUGCCAAACCAUAAUCUAGAAUCUGUACAUUUAUUUAAUUUAUUAUAAUAUUCCUCCAGUUUUAAAUCGUUGGAUUAAUUUUUAUUUUUUAACAUUCAAA